ACCGGGAGUUUGGUGCCCUCUGGAGGUGACUGCGUAGCAUCGUUCUACUCUAUUGACCCGGAAAUAGAUCUCACUUCUCUCGGUUACACGUGUGGAAGUACCAACUGGUUAUCAUGGGGAAGUCCAAACAAACCCGAAACCACAACAAUGGCAAGAAGAAGAACAUUGCAAAGACCUGGAAGACAAAGCGCAGGACCAAAGACCUGGAUCAGAUCCACUCAGACAUGAAGCCCGACACAGCUGCUAAACUGCUGCAUCAGGAGGUUGACUACGAUGUAACCGGAUGUGCACAACACUACUGCUUACACUGCGCGAGAUAUUUUGUGGAUAUGAGAUCCUUGAAAGAGCACUUCAAAACUAAAGUGCAUAAAAAACGACUGAAACAGCUCAGAGAAGAGCCCUACACCCAGGAAGAGGCAGAGAGAGCAGCAGGCAUGGGCUCAUACAUCCCUCCAAAAGUUGUUGAAGUGAAGACCCAACCAUUAGAGCAGGACAUGGAAUGAAAGCCUCUUACAUUAAUCCACGGACUGAUUAACUCAUAAAAGCGGCAUUAGCAGUUAAUGCUUGCAGUUAUUGUUGUCACAAACUUUAUUAGCAAAUCUGAAAAUGCCUUUUGUGACAGAUGUUUGUUUUUCAGCCAGCUGUGAGAAACGUGGUUGUUAAACUUCCAUCACCAAGUUCAGAAGGCUUCUCCUUACAAUCAGAUGCAUUGUCUGCCUAUGUAAAUACAAAGGACGGUGGAAUGUUUUCUACAAUAAUAAAUUUUGUGGAGUUGA